CAUACAGUUGUCACUUGUGUUUGCUUAUAAAAUAGGUACAUAAAUAUAUAAUUAUCAUAAAUGUGUUCUUUAACUUUGUUAUAAAACGAAUCUCCAAGAUAAAAAAAAAAUAGAUAAGUUAUGGUUGAACUAUUGAUUUUUUUAUGUUGAUAAUGAAUAUUAUACCUACAUUUUAUGGUAUAAUGCAUUUUCAUUUUUCAUUUUAUUAAAACUAUUGUAUAGUUUUAGUAACCAAUAAUUAGUUUUUAAUUUCAUUUUUAUUUUUGCAGGAUUCCUUUUCAAAAUCACCAAUAUUGGAAAUAAUCAUUUUACGUGAAUAAACUUUCAAAAUCAAAAUGGUAUGCACUUAUUUAUGUUAAUUUUUUUAUACUUUCGGUUCUGAGUUACUUUUUUAGAUUAUUUUUUUCCUGAGAAAUUACUUAAUUGGUAAAAUAUACUCAGAUUUUUAGUUUCUGAGUGUAGCAAGUAAUGUAUUGGUUUUACAAUAAUGUUUAAUUUUUUUUUUUUUGUGAACAAUUUUCUGCUAGAAAUGUUGCUCCAAUUUUCAUGUCUAGUACCUUUUCUGAAAGAAAUAUUUUUACUGGGUGGUACUGUAAGGAGGCCAUUUUUUGAUUUUCCCAGUGGUUUUUAUAAUAAUUUUAAAAACAAGAAAAUGUAUAAACAUUUAAAAACAAAAUAUUGCUCCGAAUUGUUUUUCAUUAGCAAUGGUUUAUCGUUCUUUACAGAUAUAAAUUAAAUUUCCCCCUAUAUCCUAUCUUCCCAACUUCAUCUAUGACAGCCUCCCACCCACCAUGCAGAGUAUGUCUUUUUGUUUUUUUUUUUUAGAUGUUUUUAUUUUGAAUGUUGCAGAGUUUCUGCCUGAUGAUUCUUUAUUUCUAUCAAUUUUCUUUUUAAUGGAAAAUUGUCUUUUGAGUUGUUAACAACAUUAAUUUUUGUGAUAUCUUCAUUCAAAACGUUUUGACUCCAAUAGUCUAUCAUUGAUCUCCGCAUGUAAACCUUUUAACCUACAACUGUAAUUAUUUGACAAAUAAUUUCUGCUGUAACAUUUAAACGCAUCCGUAAUAAUGUAGGGAAUCUGAUUGUAUUUAUUCUUUAUUAAUAUUUGAGUUAGGUUUACUUCUUAUUUUUAGUUUAGUUUGUGACUUAUUUAUAUUGUUAAGGUUAUUUUUUUAAAACCUAUAAUGUACACAUAUUAACAUAAGACUGCCAAAUGCAUUGAUAUGUAUAAUAUACUGUUGUAUAUUAUAUCUAUUUCUGAUAUGAGUAUAAUAUUAUUACUUCUUAUUUUUACAGGAUGUCUUAUUCAAAAAAUAUUCAAACUCUGGAGAUCCAAUAUCAGUAGUACUGGAUACAUUACCCAAAAACGAAUCAUAUAAGUAAAUAAUAUAUUAAUUUAUUACCAGGUCUUUUUUUUUUUGUUAACAUAAAGGCAAUUAUCCAAUUCAGAGUAGGCAAUAUCAUUAUUGGUGUCUAGGGCCAAAAAGUAAAAAUACAUUUUUCACAGACUUCAAUUAGAACACAUUUUAUUUUAUUUAACCUUCAAGUAGGUGCAAAUUUAGUGCAUAGAUAAAUGCUUGACUGGCAUUCGAGCUAUACCAACCAUAUUAUCAUACAUCUAAAUAAGUUAAUAGAGAAUACCUAUAGUCUGUCCCAGGAGAGAAAGGUCCGCUUCUGUGCAUGUUUUCCCCCUCCAUAUAGCCGAUUGUUAUUUCUUCCGUCGUCGGUUUAUGACUAUACACCGCUAGGAUAUUUUGUAGAAAUUCAAUUGUUAUUAUUAUUAGACAUCGCGCAUCGCACGUUUAUUUACCUUUGCUGUUUUAUAACCUCUUGAUAACUUUUCAAAUCGUAAACUAUCGUAUAUACAAGCACCUUCUAUAAUAAUCCAGACUUUAUUUCUUUUGUAUACAUAUUUAUUUAUUUAAUAUCUUAUUGAACACUGUAGGUAUAAUUCAGUAGGUAUAAUAAAGUAGGUAUAACACAGAGAUAUAUAUUUAAUAAAUAAUAAAUAAUUAUAUUAAAACAUUUCAUUUUUUAUUCGUUAAAAUUACAANAUCCGGGAGGGAAUAAAUGGAUAGUGUUGCGGCGUGGGGAUGCGCAGUAGCGCUUCGAUUUGGUCGGAGAGCGGACCGUUCUCUCCUGGGACAGACUAUAGAAGUGCUAGUAAUCUACACAGAUUUAUUUAUUAAUUUUAUCUUAAAUGUGGUAUGAAUACUGCUUGCCCGCCCACCGGAAGGUUUAACAAAAGUUUGUAGUUAUAUCAAAUUUAAUUUAAGUUUAUCACUGUUUGAUAUAUUAAUUUAACAAGUUUUAAUAAACAAACUUAUUUUUAUGAUAAUAACACAUAAUAAUAAUGAAAGUAAAAGUUAAUGUUAUUUUUAAGUUUGAAUAGCAUCAACCAAUUUCUUGAUUGUGGGUUUAAUAUUCAAUGAAGAAAUUCUCUAUACAGGAUUUAAAUGAACACCGGUUAAUUGUGAAUUACAUUUGAUUUUUUGAUAUUUCACUAGAAUAAAAAUUUGUUCACAAAUCGCCUGCCCCUAGGAAAAAGGUCAUAUGUCACUUAUUUGUUCAGGCAGAAGAAAUAUACAUCAAAUAAUUGUGGGAUAUUUUUUGUUAUUUUUAAAUGUAUCUACUGUUUGUAGUGUCUUAUAAACUACAAAUGUCUAUUAAAUCUUAAUAAAUAUUAAUAGUUGAGUUGUGUUCGAAAUAUCUGUCCUCUCCUUUUAUAGCUAUCGAAAAACAAUUUUAAUGGUCAUAUGAUCUUCGUGUUAUCUAUCUAAAAUAGAUCACCGAUCACGAGAUAAAUACUUAAUGAUAGAAACAAAAAUUACCAUUUUUAAGGUAUAUAUGUAUUUUUUUUAUUGUUUGGCAGGGCAAUAAUAAACAAGAGUGAUAGGACAAUACAUUUAGUACAUCAUACUGGCGGGGUGAUGGCAAACAAACACCAAAUAGUUUCAUUAUUUCUGCACAUACUGCAUUCGCUAUAGCUAUUAUGUAUUUUAGGGCGCAGGUUAUUUAUAUUUCAAAACUAAUUUUUAUUUAAAUUUUGAAGUGUCAGUCAAAAAUCUGUUAAAAAUAAGUCUCUAAAUUUUAAGCUUGUUUAAUAUAUUUUAAAUAUGUAAUUAAUAUGUUUAUUGUUUACACUGUUUCUUAAAAUGAUUUUGUAGAUUAAUAGUUGAUUUUUUAUAGAUUUCAAAAAAUGUUGAAAAAAUUGAAAUUGUCAGGCCGUCAUAAAGUUAAAGAUUUAAUAGAAGCAAUAGAUGUGAAGGCCAGUACAAUUUCUUACAAUGAAUUAAAUAAAUAUUUUAGUGUUAUUAAGGUAACUACCAAAAUUUAACAAAUUUAUUAUUUGAAUAUAAUUUUGAUUAUUUGUUUUUUUUAUUUACAGAUUUAUGGUAAGUUGAUUGUAUGGGGGAAGCACAUCAGUGUUGUUAAAUUAUUUGUUCAAACCCUUCUUGCGACAUUAGUAUUUUGAAAACCUAAUUUUACAUACAGCCUUUGUAUAUUUUUAUUACUUUCGUUUUUUCGUCAAAAUUAAUGUAUUAAAAAUAGCUGUCCUAGGGUAAUGGGUGCAGCUACUGUUAUAGAUAAUUUAAUGUUUAUCUAUUUAUUAGCAACGGUUAACUAUUCCUAAUGAUAAAACAAAAAACGAUUCUGAGCGGAGUUCAGUUGAUAGUGUAGUUACUUUAUCAAGAAUAUAUAUAUAUAUAUAUAUAUAUAUAUAUAUAUAUUAUAUCAUGGUAAAAUAAUUACAUAAGCAAUAUAUAUUUUCUUUAAAAAUAUUUCUUUAAUAUUGUACCUAUUUUCAAGGAUUGCCUAUUUAUUGGAAAAACUACUGAGAAAAUAAAAAAACGACCUCUUAAAAGUAUCUCACCAGUCAGAUUUCCUUUUAGAAAAGUUGCUGUCAUUAUAAGUAGGGCAAAAUUGUUUGUAGAAAAGUUGUCCACAGGAAAAUAUAAGGACAUUAUAUUUUUAUCUAGUACCUAUAUUUCUAACAUUUUCCAGCUUUUCCUCUGUUUUUUUUUCAGUUUUUCACAUUUGCUGAGAAAACUCUUGAGAAAAGAGAAAAAUAACCUCAAUAAUGUAACUUCCCCUCACACAGAAUUUCUUUCAGAAAAUGUGCAACAAAUAAAAAUCGGGUCUAGAUUUUUGGUAUAAAAGUUGUCCACAGAACAAGAAAAAAAACAUCCUGGUAAAAUCAUAAGAUUCUUUGCGCAUUCCAGAAUCUAAAAACGCUUGUUCGUGCAUGUUACCUAUAAAUGGACAUCGAUCAGUAGAUUAGUGCAAAAGAUUUAUUAUAAAGUUAUUCAAUAAAAAUAAAUAAAAAAAAAAAUUUUAAAUGUUGAAAACCAGCACUUUUUAAAAAAUAAUUCUAACAUUCCUGUUGUGUAAACAAUUAAAUAUUAAUCACUAAUUAAUAUGACAACUAUAUUUUAAAAACAACUUCCAUUAGCUAUCUAGUAUUAUGUAGUUAUUAUCUAUGAUAAAAGGGUUAUUAUUAGUUGUAUUAUAUUCUUCAAUUACACACAUAUUUAUCUAGAAUUCUCUGUCUACUUCAUCUUUAGGUUUAAAAUAUAUGGUUAAACUUUAUGAUUGAAUAAACAAGGUGGUGUCCCAUAACGUUUUUAAAAGUGUAACACUUGUGUUUCGUUAAAUAUUUUAAUUAUUACUUUUUUGUAUAAUUAAAAUCUUGUGCUAUAAUUCCUCUGUUAUAUAUUUGUUUAAAACAAUAAUCUAAAAUUACUCUGGGUAAAAAAAUUGUGAAUCAAUUGAUAUUAUUUAGUAGUGGCUAUUAAGACUAUUUAUAUGAUCUUUUGAAAACUUUAAAAAAUAUCUUCAAUUAUUCUCCAAUUUUUCCAUUCUGAGCUAAGGGAGGAAUCUAUUGGUUUUUCAUGAUGUUUAUUUUUUUAUACUGUACACAUUUUUAAAUAAACUACAACCCACAGAUAUGAAUAUUGCACUUUUGCUAUCCACAUCCUAUUAUAUGCAAUGAAAGUAUGACAAAUCUUUAGAAAGUUUACAUGAACUUCCACAGAAAUAUCAAGAAAGGGCAGAAGUAUUAAAUAAUAUUGGAGCAGUUUAUUUUCAAAAAAAUGAUUUUCAAGAAGCUUGUAAUAAUUAUCAUUUAGCAGUAUGCAAAAAAACAGAUUUCGUUGACUGUUGGAUAAGUUAUAUUUUAGUAUUUAUCAAAAAGAAUGAUGUUGCAAAUGCUAUUCGAUCCCUAAACAUGAUACUUCAUUAUAGGCCUAACUUAUGUAAACCAUAUCUAAUAUAUGGCUAUUUACUGAUAAAAAUGAAUGAAAUUGAAAAGGCAAUUUUAAGUUUUCAAAGGGCCAUAAAAUUAGAACCUAAAUGGCAUUUAUCUUGGAUAGGAUUGGGGAAUAGCUAUGCAUUAAAAAAUAAUUUACAUAGUGCAAUUAUAUGCUAUGAAAAAGCAUUAACAAUUAAAGAUUCUGCAAUAGAUCCUCUUAUUAAUUUAGGAUUUAUUCAUUAUCAACUAAAACAAUUUGAUGAAUCAAUUUUCUAUUUGAAAACUGCUAUUCAUAAAUUGUAUCCAGAAAUAAAUGUUGAUUUAUUACAUUUAUUGGGGCAUGCAUAUUAUAAUAGUGGAAAUAUUGUGUCUGCAAUGAAAACUUCCUUUUUAUGUUUGAAAUGUUAUCCAAAAAUCUAG